AUGAAAUUGGCUUCAAGUAUUCACACCAACUCGAUCCAAAUUCACUGCAGCUUCCACUUGAAUCUGCUCAAGCCCUCAUCAAUUGCGUCUCUCAAGAGCGCCCCAGCAAGAUUUAGUCUUCGCAACUCCUUACGAGGAGCCCCAAAUGCGCAUAGUUUUCCGAUAAUCGCAUGUGCCAGAAGGGCUGAGCGUGGGGCGUGGGAAGCUUCAACUUCACGGAACGAUGACAAGGGCGAGCUUAUUUUUACUGGAAAAUCAAAUGAAUCAUCGAGAUUUCAGUCGCCUGAGGGCACUGAUGGCGAUUUGCGCUCCUGUGAUGAUGCCUCUGAUGAAGUUCUUGGAGAGAUUGCCUCAACGAGUGGAGAUUAUGCUAAUUGCCUCAGAACCGUAGGCUUAUGUGUGUUCUCAGCUGUGGCAUUUGGUGUGGGUUUGGGUUUGAAAGAUGGGAUUGGCAAGGCAUCCGAGUUUUUUGCCGGGUACCUAUUGGAGCAGAGUUUAUCCGUGGACAAUCUGUUUGUAUUUGUCUUAAUAUUCAAGUACUUCAAAGUGCCACUCAGUUAUCAGGUCCACCAUAACUUCAUGUGGGUUAUGUAA